CCAGGUAAGAUCAGUGAUGACGAGGCCAAGACGUCGUCCCACCUCAACAUAGUAGGCAUGGUGGGUUCUAUCGACAAUGACUUCUGUGGCACAGACAUGACCAUUGGGACAGACUCCGCCCUCCACCGCAUCAUAGAGGUGGUGGAUGCCAUCACCACGACCGCACAGAGUCACCAGAGGACCUUCAUCCUGGAGGUGAUGGGUAGACACUGUGGCUACCUGGCCCUGGUGACUGCUCUGGCCUGCGGUGCUGACUGGGUGUUCAUCCCAGAGAUGCCCCCAGAUGAGGGAUGGGAGGGGCAUCUGUGCAGAAGACUGGCUGAUCAAAGGGCCAGAGGAUGUCGUCUGAAUGUGAUCAUUGUGGCAGAGGGAGCUAUGGGCAGAGAUGGAAAACCCAUCGGCUCUGAAGACAUCAAGAUGUUGGUGGAGAAGAAUUUGGGCUUUGACACCCGUACUACUGUCCUGGGACACGUGCAAAGAGGCGGUACCCCCUCCGCCUUCGACAGAAUCCUGGGCAGCAGGAUGGGUGUGGAGGCUGUGAUGGCCCUGUUGGAGGCCACUCCAGAGACCCCGGCCUGUGUGGUCAGUCUGUCCGGUAACCAGGCCGUCAGACUGCCCCUCAUGGAGUGUGUCCAAGUGACUAAGGAUGUGACUACUGCCAUGGCUGAGAAUAGAUGGGAGGAUGCUAUCAAGCUCAGAGGAAAGAGCUUUGAAAACAACUGGAACACAUACAAGAUGCUAGCCCACAUCAACCCUCCAGAUACCAAGAGCAACAUUAAUGUGGCCAUAGUUAACGUCGGUGCCCCCUGUGCUGGUAUGAAUGCUGCCGUGCGUUCUGCAGUGAGGAUUGGAAUCAUUCAGGGACACAAUAUGCUGGCCGUUCAUGACGGGUUUGAGGGUCUCGCUCACGGAAAUAUCAAGCCCAUCACCUGGACAGGAGUGUCAGGCUGGACUGGGAAGGGAGGCUCUGAGUUGGGCACCAAGAGAGUCCUGCCUUCAAAGUACAUUGAGGAAAUCAGCUUGACUAUUGCUAAGUUCAAUAUCCACUCUCUGGUAAUAAUUGGAGGGUUUGAGGCGUUUAUGGGUGGUCUGGAGCUGGUGACAGCCAGGGAGAAGUAUGAGGAGCUGUGCAUUCCCAUGGUGGUCAUCCCCGCCACCGUCUCCAACAACGUACCCGGCUCCGACUUCAGCAUCGGAGCUGACACCGCCCUCAACACCAUCACCUCGACCUGUGACAGGAUCAAGCAGUCAGCAGCAGGCACCAAGCGUCGUGUGUUCAUCAUUGAGACCAUGGGAGGGUACUGUGGUUACCUGGCUACCAUGGCAGGUCUGGCUGCAGGGGCGGAUGCUGCUUACAUCUAUGAGGACAAGUUUGGAAUCAGGGACCUCGAGAUGAACGUAGAGCAUCUCGUGCAGAAGAUGAAGACAGACGUGAAGAGAGGUUUGAUUCUCAGGAAUGAGAAAUGCAAUGUCAACUACACUACAGACUUCAUCUUCGCCCUCUAUUCUGAGGAGGGUAAAGGUGUCUUCGACUGCCGCAAGAACAUCCUGGGACACAUGCAACAGGGCGGAACCCCGACACCUUUCGACAGGAACUUUGGUACAAAGAUGGGCUCCAAGGCUGUUCUGUGGCUCACAGAGAAACUCAAGGAGAUGUACAGACAUGGUCGUAUCUUUGCUAACACCCCAGACUCUGCCUGUAUGCUGGGCAUGAGGAAGAGAGCACUGACCUUCCAGCCGUUGGCUGAGCUUAAUGAACAGACAGACUUCGAGCACCGCAUCCCCAAGACAUCGUGGUGGCUGAAGCUGAGGCCCAUCAUGAAGAUCUUGGCUAAAUACAAUAUCAGCCUGGACACAUCUGAGCAUGCCCACAUGGAACAUGUGAUCAAGAAGAGGGUGUCGAUGCCUGCACCACUGAUGAAGAAGCACAAGGAGGAGGUAGAGGAGGAAGAAGAAUAGGGGGAAGAUGAGGAGCAAGAAGAGGAGGAGGAGGAAGAGGAAGAAGAGUCAUUUAUUUUUAUUACAUUUAUGUGUGUUUUACAUGUAUGUUUGUUUUACAUGUAUUUUUCUGGAUUAUUUAAUCAUCUGAACCAGAGUUACAUUAUUUUGUGCCCGUUGUUUCCUUUCUGAUCUCCUUGGUCUUCUCAACAAUUUUUCCUCGCGAACUCUUUCUUCACGUCUGAAUCAGUUAACUCGGUGGGCUUCCCUGCUCUGGGAGACAGUUUUGCCUUUCUUCAAGAAUUAAACACU